ACAAUAUUCGCUUUGGUGAUAAAUGCCUAAGUAAGAUGCGCACAUAUAUGCUCUUAUGAUGCAAAUGGGUUAAGUAUUAUCUUUGAGAUAUUAUGAGAUAGAUUAUAGCGCGUUCCAAGAAUGCUGAUAACAAAUAUUGGAAAAUCCGCCCAUAAAGAUACAAUAAUUGGAAUGGACUGUCGCAUGUUUUUGUUCAGCCAAUCACGAGUGAGUUGGCUAGCGCAUAAAAGGCGACGUUUGGGAAAAAAAUAGUCGGAAUCUUACAGAAUCACGUUGCCCCUUUGGAAGCAUAUUCUACAGAGAUCCAAAAUGAAUCCGCCGGUCUACGAUUUAAUGCAUUCACGCGACGAUCGAGUAGAACAAAAUAUAUUGCGAAUACUUGAAGAAUACGAGGACAAUUUGAAAGUUGCGUCUGGAAAAUGCAUGGACGUUGGUUGCGGUACCGGAUACACAACGAGAAAUUUAAUCCUGCCGGCUCUUCAUCCAAACGCUGCAAUGAUUGGUACUGAUAUUUCCGAGUCCAUGGUCGAUUUUGCGAAUAAACAAUACGGCGACGGAAAAAGGCUCAAAUUCGAAGUACUGGACGUGCAAACUAAUGAUUUGCCUGAAAAAUACGUUUCCGAAUUUGAUUACAUCUUCUCGUUUCACGCGUUACAGUGGUGCACUAACAUUGAACAAGCGUUCACAAAUAUUUAUCGGAUGCUUCGACCUGGCGGCAUUAUGCUAACAAUUCUAGUAGCGUCUCAUACCGUAAUAGAUAUUUUUAAAACAUUAGCUAAGGACAAUCGCUUCGCACCGUAUCUGAAAAAACAUCUGAUACACACGUUUCCUUACAAUAACGUAGAACAUCCUCAGAAAAAGGCGAAACUCUUGCUGAAAGAUAUAGGAUUCGAGAUUCGCCAUUGUAGUGUACGGCAGAGGUAUGGCUUCUCUACGGACGAAUUUAUAAAUGCGAUAAUAUCCUUAUUCUCGCCAAUAACUGAAAUGACGGCAGACGAGAAGGAAGAAUUCGAAAAUAGUUUCAAACGCGAAUAUAAGAGCAGACAAGUUUUCUACCCAUCAAAAAAUGAGAAUAAAGCGCAAACACGUGGUUUAGAUUUGUACAGUUUGCUAAUAAUUAACGCAGAAAAAAAGAAAGAAAUAGAAUAAGCAAUGGGGUUAUGUUGCAGAAUGUUAGUCGAAACAAUGGUCUUUAGAAAAAAAACAAUUAAUAUACGUAGUUUUAUAAGAUUAAGAUGUUUUAAUUUGUGUUGACUAGUAGUCGAACUAGGGGUGCGUACGUAUGUACUUAUUUUAUAUUUGUUCAUCCUCUUUAACGGAUAUAUUUUACUUGGUUUGAGUUUUUAAUUUAUAUAUUAU